AUGGCGCAACCAAUUCCUCAGCCAAAAGGCUUGCCAUUGCUUGGAAAUGUCCUUGAUGUGAAGCCGAGCAACACCUGGGCCUCUCUCAAGAAGCUCGCCGAAACAUACGGCGAGAUCUUCAAGAUUACUGUCCUUGGACAUACCAUUGUCUUUGUCGCGGGAGCUAAUCUAGCUGAAGAGGUCACCGACGAAAAGCGCUUCAGGAAGUAUGUCGGUGGCCCUAUUGAUGAGAUCCGGUACGCCGUGCACGAUGCUCUCUUCACGGCUUACGAUCACGAGGCUUCCUGGGGCAUCGCUCAUCGAAUCAUUGCACCUAAGCUGUCACCUCAAGCUAUGAGCGUACACUUUGACGAGAUGCGGGACACUACUUCUGAGCUCAUCAACCUGUGGAAGCACCUGGGCGACAGCAGCAAUAAGAUCACGCUGAUAGAGCAGCUCAACCGGCUUAACCUCGAAGCUACCACGUUGACGCUCUACGGCAAGAAGUUGAAUGGACUCGAAGGCCAGCAGCACCCCAUGAUUCAGGGCAUGGAGACAUCGACUGCUGAAGCGGUCAUGAGACCUACUCGACCGGGCAUCCUGAAUUCCCUCUUCUACGGGCGCAAGUUUAAGCGUAGCACAGCCACCAUGCGCGCAUAUGCCCAGGGUAUGGUCGACUACCGCAAGCAGAACCCUACCAAGAGGCAGGACCUCUUGUCUGCGAUGAUGGAGCACAAGGACCCUGAGACAGGCAAAUCCUUGACCGAAUCACAAAUCAUUGACGAGAUUGUCUCCAUGCCGAUUGGCAGCAGCACGGCGCCUUGCCUCAUCACAUCCGCCAUUUACUAUCUGCUCAAGAACCCGGAAGUCAUGGCCAAGGCAAGAGAAGAAAUUCACCACGUGGUCGGCAAAGAAACCCUCACAAUGGGUCAUAUCCCUCAGCUCAGCUAUGUUGAAGGCGUCGUUCGCGAAGCGCUGCGACUGGGACACCCGGCCCCAGGCUUCAAUCUUGAGCCCGUCCCGUCUGAGGACAAAUCGCCCGUUCAGCUCGCCGGGGGUAAGUACGAGAUUCCCCACAACCAGCCGAUCAUCCUGGUACUGGCUGGUGUCAACCGCGAUCCUACGGUGUUCCCAGACCCAAUGGCUUUCAAGCCGGAAAGGAUGAUGGGUCCCGAGUUUGAGAAGCUUCCACGCGCAGCGACGAGGUGGUUUGGAAACGGAAAGCGUGAAUGCAUUGGGAAGCACUAUGCCCAAUUGUGGAACAUGAUCGUGCUCACCAUGCUGCUGCGUGAGAUCGAGUUUGAGAUGGUGGACGAAAACUACAACAUCGAGCAGGUGGGAAUGGACGGAUGGUUCAAUGUCAGGCCUAUAAAUUUCCAGGUAAAAGUCAGGCCUAGAGUUUGA